AUGGCACCCAGGUAUAAAGAUGGGGACGCCGUUGUAGCGCAGGUGAACGGAAAAUGGGUGUCCUGGGCUCAUACUGCCGUAGCGUACACGGCAUUUUUCAGCGCCCUGAUCGUAGGAAUGGCCCUACAUUUCCGGAAGAUCGUGCAGAACGAACACUACGGCUAUCCGGAUGAAUGGUUCCCUUCUGUUUCGGCCACGAUUGGUGAUCGCUAUCCCGAACGAUCUUUCUUCCAAGUCUUUAUCGCCAUCACCUCGGGUCCUCGAUUCGCCCUCGUGUUCCUUUGGUACCUCCUGACCUCGCGCCCAAACUCUUCGCUUCCCAAGAUAGUUGCUGGUGUUGGACUGUUCCGGACCUUUACUUGUGGUGGUUGGACCUAUGUGACAUCCACAGAUGAUCAUGAUUGGCAUGACAUCUUCAUGAUCUCUUACCUGGUUGCGACGCUACCGUGGACACUCGGCUGCCUGGCUUUGAGUCCCAACAAUCGACGGGCCCUCAAGUACCGAAAGGUUCUGGCGAGCUUGUUUUUCGGUACUUUGGUGCCAUUGAUCUACUACUUCAUCCAGCACAAAGUCCAUAAGGUUCCCGGGGCGUACACCAAAUACGCAUUUUUCGAGUGGUCCCUGAUUCUGUUCGACGUGGGUUUCGAUGCGGUUACUGCGUUGGACUUUGAUACCUUUGAAAUUGUGGUGAGGGACGUUAAAGGAAUCAGCAGAGGGCAGUUGAAGACCACCGCGGACUCCAUCCUUGAGAAAGACCAGGAAGGGCAAGCCUGUUGGAAACACGUUUGGCGAGGUUUUUUCUGGGCCGAAGUCAUCGAUGCAGCAGCAGAUGUCUACAACGGGUUUGUCUUCUGGUCCAACUGGACGGCUCUUGGGCUCCUUGUCUGGUACUUUCCUCUUUGGCACAUGGGCAUUUCCGGCUACGAAGCCGCCAUUGUAUGCUAUGCCGCGCCGCUUCUUUUCGCGAUUCCUGGCCUGAGAACCGCAGUCGCCAAGAAACCUAUAUAUUUCCAUUUCCUGUCGCUUUCUGGACUUCUUGCCUAUAAAGUGCAAACCCCUGCCAACCGACUUUUCGUAACAGGCUUUGCUGUCUGCUGUGGCGGACUCACAUGGACUGCUAUGCUGUAUUCGGACCGGGGGAACAACGCCAGACUAGAGUCUCGUAUCACCGCAUGGGCUAUGGGAUUAAUCUUAUCGAGCAUUGCCAAGUUUGCUUGCAAAACUAACAACCCGAUUUGGCCAACCAUGCAUGCUGGAAAUGGUGGAUGGAAUAAGCUAGGCUUGCUCCUUGCGAUCCUUGCUGUUCUGAGGGUACACAGGAGAGGACCGACUAGCGGAGGCGAUUAUUUGCCUCCGAGCACUAAGAAAGGCUCUCCAGUGAUGGCUGGUUUGGGCAUUGGUGCCUUGACCUUCCUAAUGCAUUCCCUUCUGUCUGAUUCGAGCACCAUGAUUUCCUGGGUUUGGGAGGGGUACCCUGUGCGAGGGCCUAUCGCAGUGCCUCACGGAGCACUUACGAUCUUCGCAAUGGGCGCCGGUCUUAUCUUUGGCCUCUACUGCCCUGCUCUACUUGGAAGCUGGACUGCAUUUGGAAUUGGUUCCCUCGGCGCCACUCUACUGACUUGUUACAGUAACUGGACCGGAUUCUAUGGCGGCCUUAUCCUCGCUUUCUACACUUUGGCAGUAACCCCAGUUUUGCUUUCUUCUGCCGUGCGUCAUUCUCCACUCUCAACAUUCGGAGUUGGCGGAAUCUUGUUCAUGUUCCUGGUUCUCUUCCACGUAUGGGUUGUCGCCUACGCCUUUGUUCCUGGUGGACCUCUCGUCCGUGAGCAUACUGACUGGGUUAUGAUCACCACCAUGCUGUCCAUUGGUGCAGGUGUCUUUUCGGCUGCUGUGACGAACUCCUCAAACCGACAGAGCAAAACAAUUAGUCCAGGUGGACGGAGACAGCGGUCGUACUACAUCUAUGUCCUUGCGGCGUUGCAGCUGUUUUCCGUAGCCGUUGCAUACCUCCGCUUCCCCACAAAUGAUUACGUCCCCUAUCACAAGGAGGACAAAAUUGCAACUGUCGGUAUCUGGACAGUCCACUUUGGCCUUGACAACGACAUGUGGUCUUCUGAGCAGCGCAUGCGCCAGGUCAUCGAGGAACUCGAACUGGACGUGAUUGGUCUACUUGAGUCUGACAAUCAGCGAAUCAUCAUGGGCAAUCGCGAUAUCACCCAAGUUCUGGCCGAGGAGAUGGGCAUGUAUGCAGACUUUGGACCUGGCCCUAAUAAGCAUACUUGGGGUGCCGCCCUCCUUUCCAGGUUCCCGAUUGUCAACUCUACCCAUCACCUCCUGCCGUCACCUGUCGGCGAACUUGCCCCUGCCAUUCACGCCACUCUGGACAUGUACGGUGAACUGGUUGAUGUCGUGGUUUUCCACUCAGGGCAAGAGGAAGAUCCUGAAGAUCGUCGCCUUCAGACAGAGUACCUGUCGAAGUUGAUGGGCGCGUCCCCUCGUCCGCUGAUUUUGCUCAGCUACUUGGUUACCAAACCGCUGGAGGGCAACUACAACACAUACGUCAGUGAUCUCAGCGGUAUGAAGGAUAUUGACCCUACAGACUGGGAUCGGUGGUGUGAGUACAUUCUGUAUAAGAAACUGAAGAGAACUGGCUAUGCUCGCGUCAGCCGAGAUUCUAUCACGGACACGGAGAUCCAGGUUGGUAAGUUUGCGAUUGGGGAGCCCGAACCAGAGAACGAGAUGCGGAUUCCGGAGGAAAUGGUACCUCAAGGUCUACAAUUCCCUGCGCUAUUCCGCGGCCAAGGAGUCCGCGGUCACCGCUAUCAUGUCUUUGACGAGCCAAGAUACUGGCAAUGA